AUGGGCAGUAAGAGCGUGGCAGCCCCGAUCCCCCUCCACCCCGCCGCCUUCCCUCUGGGCGGGUACUCCCUCCUGCACAGCUCCACAGGCCUCCAGCUCCCGGCAGAACACCUCCACUACAGCUUCAGCGCGCUCCAUGCGGUCCACCUGCAGCACUGGGCCCUGUACCCGCCCGUGCCCCUGUCCCGCCGGGCCCUGGCCAAACUCCCAGGGCAUUUCUCCUCCAUGGCGUCCUUCCCGAUCUUCCCCCAGCUGUUCCGACCCAAACUCUGCUCCAAGUCUAAGCCGCGUUUCGACUUCGCUAACCUAGCCGCCGCAGCUACACAAGAGGACGGUAUGAAGGCGGAGGAUCUGAGUGUCUCGAGCGUCGCGUCGCCGCCUCAACGCCCGUGUUAUCUCUUGGACAAAGCUGCCCCUCCCGCUGAGAGGAGGUCCAACCGAGGCCGAAUGCCGACCAAAACCAAGAAGGAGUUUGUGUGUAAAUUCUGCGGACGCCAUUUCACCAAAUCGUACAAUCUGCUGAUCCACGAGCGCACGCACACGGACGAGAGGCCCUACACCUGCGACAUCUGCCACAAGGCCUUCAGGAGACAGGACCACCUCAGGGACCACCGGUACAUCCACUCCAAAGAGAAGCCCUUCAAGUGUCUGGAGUGUGGAAAAGGCUUCUGUCAGUCACGGACUCUGGCUGUGCACAAGACGCUGCACCUGCAGGUCAAAGAUCUGCGGCCACCCAAGAAUACUGUGUGGUGUUUACUGUGCAGCAGCAUCCAGCCUCCAGGCCUCACAGGACAGACACAGGACAGACACAGGACAGACACAGGACAGACACAGGACAGACACGGGACAGACAGAGGACAGACAGAGGACAGACACAGGACAGACACAGGACAGACAGAGGACAGACACAGGACAGACACAGGGACAGACACGGGACAGACACAGGACAGACACAGGACAGACACAGGACAGACACGGGACAGACACGGGACAGACAGAGGACAGACACAGGACAGACACAGGACAGACACAGGGACAGACACGGGACAGACACAUGACAGACACAGGACAGACACGGGACAGACACGGGACAGACAGAGGACAGACAGAGGACAGACACAGGACAGACACAGGACAGACACGGGACAGACACGGGACAGACAGAGGACAGACAGAGGACAGACACAGGACAGACACAGGACAGACAGAGGACAGACACAGGACAGACACAGGACAGACAGAGGACAGACACAGGACAGACACAGGACAGACAGAGGACAGACACGGGACAGACACGGGACAGACACGGGACAGACACAGGACAGACACAGGACAGACACGGGACAGACACGGGACAGGCACAGGACAGACACAGGACAGACACAGGGACAGUGUGUAUUCAUUCACACUCACUGCUGUAGAUACAAACAGCUGGUGGUGGAGGAGCAAUCACAAUAA